GAGUAUUUGGUAUUUAUGGAGUAUUUUGGUACUGAACACUGAACAGGUAUUUUUCUCAUACCCAAGCCUAAAUCCGACUUCAAUAUUACUAUUUCACUAUUUGAUUGACUUUGCUUUGAUUUUCCAUAUUCAAAAUUUCAUCCUUCAUCCAGUUCUUUUUGUUUUGUUUCACAGGAAAUUGAGAAGUUACUUGGCAACGCUGCGCUUAUCCAAGAUGUCUUGUCUAUGACUGCUGGCGUGAUGACAGUAUUAGAUCUGUCGUUGAAUUUUUAUUUAUUUUGAUGCUUAAACGUGAAUGAAUAAAGUACAAGUGAGGUGAAUUUAUGAACCAUAAUGAUUUCAUCAAUAUUAUCUAGACUGGUCAUAUUGCUAAUAGGAACCCUAUAUCCCGCUUAUGCUUCAUACAAGGCUGUGAGGACGAAGAACGUCAGAGAAUACGUAAAAUGGAUGAUGUACUGGAUAGUUUUUGCUCUUUUUACUUGCGUAGAAACAUUUACAGACGUUUUUUUCAGUUGGUUUCCAUUUUAUUAUGAAGUAAAAAUUAUUCUAGUCAUCUGGCUUUUGUCUCCAGCUACAAAAGGAUCCAGUAUUUUAUAUAGGAAAUUUGUACAUCCUACACUCAGUUCUAGAGAACAGGAAAUUGAUGAAUACAUUAGUAAAGCUAAAGAACAAAGUUACAGGCAAGUUUUAGAUAUUGGAUCGAAAGGAGUUUCCGCUCUUAUGCAAACCGCCAUUAAGGGCGGAGGAGGUCUUGUUAACCAAUUACGAAAAAGCUAUAGUCUUAGCGAUCUAAGCGAUCCCGCCCAUGACGACGUACAUGACGAAGCCGACACCAUUACCGAACCCCACGUCACUAGGCGUAGACGCAGUCCACACAGGUCUUCUUCCACUUCAGUCGUUUACUUUGCAGAAGUUGACGUAAGACCUGACCGAGUAGCUGCUAUCCAGUCCGCGGAAGACAUUUCAUCAUCAGGGUAUUCCAGCGGUGAAGGACUACCUCUUAAAGUAGCCGCACGAGAGGGUCUGCAACGAACCGGCUCUCUUACCAGAUCUCGUUCCACUAGAGUUACCAGGUCUACCGUUCCUAAGAAAAGUGGCGCUAGUGAUGAGAGUGACGAGAACGAAGAAUUCGACACCAAUGUUGUAUUCCACAAGGACACCAAAGGAUUGCCCAAACUUGACGAAAAAACAGAUUCUUCAAGUGAGAAUGAGUUUUUGGACUCCUUAGACGUUGUGCAUGACAAUGUAGAUGAUGGUAUAAAUAAUCUAAAUAUAAACAGUAAGGGUACUCAGAUAAUAACUGCAUGUGAAGAAAAUGUAGACAUCAGUAAAUUUGAGCUAUCCACAAAUGUUUCUUUACAAUGUCUUUCUUCCAAUGAAAAAGAUUUGAACAUAGAGAGUAACCCGGACAUUUUACAGAUCACGAAAGAUGUUGGGAGCUUCUCUGCGUUUUUGAAAAAUUUAAUAGAAACUAAAAACGAUAGCGAAAAUAUUGACAAAGACAAAAUUGAAAAUCCUAACAUAAAUUUGGAUAACAGCGAUAGAGAGAUAAUAAAACCUAGAACCAAAAAACUUUUAGAACAAGUAAUAACAUCCAAUCCUGAUUCAAGAGGUGGCAAAUACAACAAAAAGCACGCACCUCUACCUCCACCCUCUGCUACACACCCUAUCAAACCAGCCAGCAAUUCCUUAGAUUCCGAAAACACCUCACUACACGACUCGACACCAUCGAUAAAAGCUACCUUGGUGCUUAAGCCUGGAUUAGUCAGAUCUGUUGGUUCAGCAGAAUCAAUCUGUAAGGACGUUUUUUUGCAACCACCUAAACCUAAACGAACACUUUUAAAUCGAUCACGAACUUCGCUUUCUUCAACUUCUUCUAGUUCGUCUAAAAGCAAAUCUCCUUUUUCUAAACUAAUCAAGUUUCCGAAGAAGAUUGGAUUUUGGAAUAAAGACAAUGAUGCGGAAAAAAGAUCAUCUUGGCAUAGCUACAUGAGUCAAGAUUAUUUGAAACCUCUGUCUGAUUCCAAACUACAAUCGAAAAGCGAUAACGACUUGCUCAGAACACACGUGAAUGCCACGCCUCCGCAUGCUGUAAACCUUACUAAAGGUGGUAGCCAACUCUCCUUGAGAACUUUAAAAGAAUCACCUUUGGCUUCUCGAAGAAUCAAAAUUAUUAGAAGAUACGUUGAUGAAGAUAUCGACUGAUCCCAGGAAAGCGCCACCUUGCCACGUGCGAAGAAAACUACUAAAAAGAAAACCGUGUAAAUUCCAAAACGACUAGUUUAGGAUGAUUUUUUGUGAUCUUUACAUUAUUUAUUAUAUAAUUUCUAACCACGCAGCUGUUGCUCAGCUUACACUUUCUAAAGUAAGGGCCCAGUGAUACAUGUAAGGAGUAUAUUAUUGAUUUUUUACCAUUGAUUGUUUUAUCGGGAAGAUUUACUUGUAAAUCUAAUAGAUUUGUUUUUAGCGAGUAGGAGUGUUAACAUUUUACUGCUAGAUCUACGUUGUGUUGUUGAAUUAUUGAAAAUUUUGUGAAAAUUAAUAACUGAAAAAGUUUUAAUAUAAAGAUCUUUAUGGUACACCCAGAAAUAUUUUUAAAUAUGAUUAGAUGAGUAAUACUAAUUAUUAUUUUAACAACAUUGUAAUAUACAGGGUGAUCUAUUACUAUAGCGGAUCCACGGAGCUUUAUCACACUAAUCAAUCACACUGUAUAGUAAAUUAUUGCUUAUUUAAAAACCAAAUAUUGCAAACACCUAAGAAGUUAUUAAAAUUCGAUCAAAUUCUUUUUCUUUACAUUUUCUUUCACAGUUAAUAGAUACCACAUUGUUUAAAAUCAUUGUUUUUUUAAGGUAAGAUAAUAGCUAAAGCUAAAACUAUAGCUUUAUAUAUUUGUUCGUCUUAUAACUUCUGGUGAACAUUUUUAACGUAUUAUAUUCUUAGUAAAUCUUUACAGAGUAAUUUUUCUCUAAACUUCAAAAUAUGAAUCUGCCAAAGCUCUUUAAAAAUUAAUUUAAAUAAAACAAAAGUGAUCUGACAAAUCAAAAUAUCACAAUCGACUUAGGUGGAAGUGAGAUUGAAGGUGUCGAAGAGUAUAUAAACCUAAGUCACAUGAUCAAACUAGCAAACAGAAUAAAUACGCCAGGCAAUGGAAGCAAGAAUAGGAUAUUACCUCCGAAUUCUAUCCUACUGUAUGGAUUUUAAUGAAAUUUUGGGAAUAGCCUCUACUCAUCUCCUAAUUCAAAGUGUACCCUAUGCCGAUGUGCGCUUUUAUCUUGGGGGUGGUUCUCACCCCUUCUCGGGAGUGGAAAAUUUUUCGGUUAAAAUAACCACAAAAGUGCCUAUAUAACCUAAUUCUAUUCAAAAACUGUUCCAUAUUUUUUUGAAAACUCAAUACUUUUUGAGUUAUUCGUGGUUGAAAAUUGGCCAUUUUCAUUAAAAAAUGACACCUUUUAGGACGGUUUUUGCGAAUACCUUAAAAACUAUGCAUCUCACUAAAAAAACUAUAUAAAUCAUUUUUGUAGCUUAUAAGAAAGCAAAGAGAUCUAGUUAUAAUACACAAAGAGAUAUGGUAGGUGAGAAGAGUUUGUUUUUUUAGUGCAUGCUCAAAUCGAUGUAUUCAACUUGAAAUAACAGAGAAACGGUCGAGUUUAGAUGUAUAAUGCUACCAAUACCUUUUGUAGUGCUUGAAAAGACCUUUAAUCAAAUGUCGAUUACAUUAAAACUAAGCGAGAUAGGCUGCAAAAAAUUUGAUGACUAAUGUGUUUUAAGAAAAAAAAAUGAGAAGUAUAUUUAACCCCUCAUCGACCAGAAUUUAAAUGCAUCGUUUUUCUUCUGCUAUACCUUUUAUUAUAGUGUUAUUUCUAUGUUGAAAAAGUUGGAUGGGUUUAAAAUAAAUAGUUUUUGAAAAAAAAAGAUCAAAUUAUAUAGCGCAUUUUAAAAUUUUCUUAAAAAUCUUCCUUUUUCUCCCAGUAACUUGAAAACAAUAAGAGCUACAGUAAUGAAAAAUAAAAACAAAAUUUUUACCUAAAAAACCCUACAUUUUUGUUGGGUAUCUUUUUUUCGUAUUUCUUCUCAUUUUCGAGUUACAUGGAGAAAAAUGAAGAUUUUUAAGAAAAUUUAAAAAUUCAUUCUAUAAUUUGAUCACAUUUUUUAAAAAAACCAUUCAUUUUAAACCCGUUUAACUUUUUGAAAGUAGAAAUAACACUAUAUUAAAAGGUAUUGAGAAGAAAAACAAUGCAUUUAAAUUAUGGUGGAUGGGGAGUUAAAUGUAUAUACUUUUCAUUUUUCCUUAAAGUACAUUAGUCAUUAUAUUUUUUGCACCAUAUCUCGCUUAGUUUGUAAGUAACCGACAUUUAACGGUGCUCGUUUUAAAGGCCUUUUCAAACACUACAAAAGGUGUUGGUAGCAUUAUACACCUAAAACCUACCGUUGUGGUUAAAAAUAUUCUCUUCCCAUUUUUUCUUAAAAUACAUUAGUCGUCAAUAUUUUGCAGCAUAUCUCGCUUAGGUUGAAUGCAAUCGACAUUUAAUAUUGCUCAUUUAAAAGGUCUUUUCAAGCACUCUAUUGGUAGCAUUAUACGCCUAAAAUCGACAGUUUCUGUUAUUUCAAGUUGAAUACACCUAUUGCACCAAAGAAACAACCUACCUCUUCUCACCUACCAUAUCUCUUUUUGUAUUAUAACUAGAAGAUUUAUGAAGGAACGAGUCUCUUUGCUUUUUUAUAAGCUACAAAAAUAUUUUUUAUAGUUUUUUUCGUUAGAUAGAUAGUAUUUAAGGUAUUCGCAAAAAACCGUCCGAAAAGGUGUCAUUUUUCAAUGAAAAU